UUUCUAGCAAGCAAAAUUAAUAAUGUCUAAUUUAAUACGCAAAAUUCUAAAGCAUAGCACAGAUUUCACUCAUUGGAAAUAUUUGAUAAAAAACAAUUUUAAUCUGGGUAACAUUGUGGGCAACAGUGGGGAUCUUAAGUUGGAAGAACUACAUUUGGAGCGCAGUGAGUUGGAGGCUCGCUGCACGUUGUUGUUGCAGAAGCAACGUUGUGUUCAGUCCAUGAUGACAGAUUUGACGCGCAACAUCAAGCAAAUGGAGUUUGACAUUGUUCAGAUGAAUAAGUUGGCAGGAACGGUUAGCACCAAGCAGCGCCAGGCAGAAGAGAGCCACAACAAGACAUAGACAAUGAGAAGGUGGGAGAGGCUGUGUGAUUCACACGAGAGAGCAAAACAAGUUGGUGAUUUUUGUGCGCUUAUCAUUGUAUGCAAAGCAAAAAGCCCCCGAGCGGUGCUUUACGACAGCAGCCGAACUUAAAUCCACUGGCUAUAUAAAUAAUCUACGUUCCCGGCUGAGCUGUAUUAUUACUCGAGUAGAAGUUUCGCAUAACACAUCAUGAAACUAAUCGCACUCUGCUGUUUGUUGUUGGCGUUGUUUGCUUGCACUCUGGCAACUCCCUCUCGUGACUCUGGUGGCAAUAGCUGGAGAGGCGGCUCAUCUGGAUCCCAACCAAAGUCGCGUCCAUUAUAUUAUGAUGCGCCCAUACGUCGACCUGGCCAACCUAAGACAAUGUACGCCUAGUAAACAAAAAUACUUAUUCCAAAGAUAAAGCUAAACUGAGAUCAAAUAUAUAAUUAUAUAAAAAAAAAAAUAUGAU